CCUCCCUCGACGAAUUAUAAUGAGCCAUCGGAAGAACUGAUGAAUGAUGAUGAUGAUGCGCGGAUACAACAACAUCCAGAAUAAAACCGCGACGCGUCGGUAAGAAUCGCGUUCAACCGCCACCGUUGACUUUCUAUGAGCAAACACGGGGGCGACGAGCCGUGAAUCGGUGUAUUCUGCAGGUCAGACGCGUUAUCCUGAGGAUCAGAUGGGCUCGCGCGCUCCAGCAUCACUGGCGGACACCGCUUUAUUAUGAUGCAUGAAAACUGAAACCUGAUAGAAGGGAAGAAGGAGAAUGAAACUGCGGCUUGUAGAUAAACAAUGGCAGCAGGGGCAGCGGAUGGUGAUUUAUGGGACGGUCUUCCUCAUCACGACCCUCCUUAUCCUCUAUAGCUCAAACAGCUCAGCUGAUCUGAACAGCUCCUUUAAAGUCAGCGAGAUUCACCACGCGGUCAAAAACACCAACCUCAAGAAAUGGGCAGGGAAGGAGGGAUACCUUCCUGUUUACGGCAACAAGAGCAUGAUCCUGCGCUGCCAUUACUGUGCAUUAGUGACCAGCUCAAGUCACAUGUUGGGGACUCACGCCGGAGUCGAGAUCGACCGCACGGAGUGUGUUAUCCGUAUGAACGACGCUCCCACCUCCGGGUACGCAUCAGACGUGGGGAACCGGACAAGUGUGCGUGUCGUGGCUCAUUCCAGCGUGUUCCGGGUCGUCCGCAAACCCGGGGAGUUCCUCAACCGCUCAGACAGCCCUGCCAUCAUAUUCUGGGGCCCUUCGACAAAGAUCGGACGCGACGCAAAGGGAACUCUGUUCCGGCUAAUCCAGAGAGUCAGCAUGACCUACAGGAACUUGUCGUUCUUCGUCAUCUCACCAAGCAAAAUGCAGAAGUUUGACACGCUCUUUCAGAAAGAGACCGGCAGAGACAGAAAAAAGUCUCAGUCCUGGUUAAGCACAGGCUGGUUUACCAUGGUGAUUGCCAUAGAGAUGUGUGAUAACAUAAAGGUUUAUGGGAUGGUGCCGCCAAACCAUUGUGGGAGACGCCCUCAGCCCAAACGAAUGCCCUAUCACUAUUAUAAACCCCGAGGUCCAGACGAGUGUGUAACGUACCUGCAGAACGAGAGGGGGCGCCGUGGAUCACACCAUCGCUUCAUCACUGAGAAACAGGUGUUCGCACGCUGGGCCAAGCAGUACAACAUUAGCUACGCCCACCCAACGUGGUGAGCAACUUAACAAUCCAACGUAUUCCACCUGGUGAGUUGGAUCCAACAUGGCGGCUUUUGUAACUGUGUGACCUUCUGAUCCAAAAUGGCUGCCAUUUCGAAUGCAUUGCCUGCUCAGAAACUUAUCCAGGAUGGCUGCUGGUUUCUCUUUGAUUUGGAUUAGUGACUGAGCCAAAAUGGAGGCCAUUCAGGGAUCCAGGAACAAGCAAAGGGCGGACAAUCUUUGUUUUUCUUCGGAAAAUGAACAGAUGAUGGAACUUUAUUGUCUUGAGCAUGAGUUUUUCCAAAACAUCUACAUAUUACUGCCUUCUCUUAUACAGUUUAUCACCCAUAAUCAAUCAUUUCUCAGAGAAUUGAGGCCUUUUGGGACAAGAAAGAGCAAAUCCUUUGUGUCGGUUGCCAAAUGGAAGAUUCAAUCACAUCUCGUGGUACAAUCAACACAUUUGAAUGUUAGUCAUGUGAAAAUGUCAAGAGAAUAGGAAUGAGAAUUGAAACAACUUUACAAGAUUGUUUUAUUUUGUAAAUAAGAACUAUGUAAAUUAUUCCAAAACAAACAAAAAAUAUUUUUACAUGUUUAUAUGGUUUUAAAAUGCCCUAAACAAAACAAUAUUACAAUAAACUAUAGAAAAAAACACACUUUUUCAACAACCAGGUAAAGGGUCGUUUUAAAUCACAUUAUUUUCAGAUAAACACCACAUCUUGUGUAUUGUUUUGGGAAGCUAUUGGAAUGAAAGUUAUUUAUCCCUUUAUUUCUGAGAACGAUAACUAUAUUGGCGUCCACAUCAGCGGAUGAUUUUGUUGUGUUUAUAUCCAACACAACGAAAGAGCUCAAGCUCUUUAAAGCAGGAUGGAUUCUGAUUGGCUGGCAACAUUUUUAUUA